UGUCGAGAUGCCCCGUUAUAUAGAUUGUCGUAUUGACUUAAAAUCGUGAAUAUGAACUAUCAUUCCCAAUUCGGAAUGUAUAGUUUGGCGAUUAGAUUGAUUUUCUAAAAUGGCUGGCGCUAAAUUAGAAGCAGUUCCAAGUGUAGAUAUUGAGGAAGGAGUUUUUAAAUAUGUAUUAAUAAAAGUGUUCGGAAAUGAUGAUUCUAUAAAUAAAAAUAUUGUAAGGGGAUAUGCGGACUGUCAGUGGCAUUCCGAUAUCUACGACCGAGCUAGCGAAUCCUGUAAAGGAUUAGGAUUAGAAACAGAAUGUCUUGGCGGUGGUCGCAUUGAGCAUAGUCCGAAUUUGAAAUUAAUAAAGGUGUAUGGCUACUCCCAGGGCUUUGGAAAGGCGGACCACGCGGAAACUAGGAGAAUAUUGCUGAAUAAAUAUCCACUAUAUAGCAUUGAAAUAUCCGACGAGGGUUAUUAAUUCAGUUUAGAUUUCAGACAGUUAUAUUGAGAUUUGAAAAUAAAUGUUUUAUUAUUUCCAAGAAAAUGUAAAUGGAUUAAUGGAUAUACAUAUA